UUCAAUCUUGAAAAAAUAAACAAUCAAAAACACCAUAUCUUAAAAAAAAAAUGUCACUACUACCUUUAGUUCAAAAACCAUUAACCCCUUUUCCUUCUUCCAAUUUUUCUAACAAACCAAAACACAAAACCCAAAUGUCCCUCAAUUUCACCAGAAGAACAACUCUAAUUCUUUGCCCAACAAUUUCAAUCACCCUUCUAAGUGAACAACAAAAUGCCAAUGCAUUUGAUUUUAGAAUCACAGUUCCAGACCAAACACUUGAAGAAGCAGAGGAUGGAAUUCAAAAUCAUGCCAAUAAUUUAUUACAAGUCAAAGAAUUAUUUGAGGGAGAAUCUUGGAAAGAAGGUCAAAAAGCAUUGAGAAAAAACUCAGCUUUAUUGAAACAAGAUAUGUAUACUAUAAUUCAAGCUAAACCAGGUAAACAAAGACCUGAAUUGAGGAAAAUGUAUUCAAUUUUGUUCAAUUAUGUUACAACAAUGGAUUUUGCAGCUAGGGAUAAGGAUGUGCCACGUGUAUGGGAAUGUUAUGAUAAUAUUGUCAUAGCUCUUAACAAUCUUAUGUCAAGAUUAUUAUAGUUAG